AAAGGCAAAGGGGUAAGGUAAGCCGGCUCUUGACGGUAGAAAGGGCUUAAACAAAGGGGAACACAGAUAACAUAAGAAGCGCACUUGCAACAGGGGAAGCAGAGCACUGCAGCCUCAUCAUUUCAAGCCUAAACAAAGCAGAAAAAUCAAAAAAGAGAAAGCAGAAAAGAAAAAGAGGAGGCAAAGAAAGUGAGAGAGAGGAAAAUAAAGAGAGAAAUUGAAGGAAGAAGAAAGAGGUUGUGUGAGAGAAAGGGGUUGGAAAUGAUGCAGACGGAGCAACAACAGAACAACCAGUUGGUAGUUCAGAAUUCGGGAAGCCUCAGCUUCAGCAGCCAUUUGUCCAAGGAAGAUGAGGAGAUGUCAAGGUCUGCUCUUUCAACCUUCAGAGCCAAGGAAGAAGAGAUUGAGAGGAAGAAGAUGGAGGUAAGAGAGAAGGUUCAGCUUCAGUUGGGUCGCGUUGAAGAAGAAACCAAGCGUCUUGCUACCAUUCGUGAGGAGCUAGAAGCCCUGGCAGAUCCAAUGAGGAAGGAAGUUGCACUUGUUAGAAAAAGGAUUGAUUCUGUAAACAAAGAAUUAAAGCCACUGGGUCAUACCUGCCAGAAGAAGGAGAAAGAAUACAAAGAAGCUCUUGAAGCUUUUAAUGAAAAGAACAAGGAAAAAGUACAGUUAAUCACCAGGUUAAUGGAGCUUGUUAGUGAAAGUGAAAGAUUGAGGAUGAAGAAGCUGGAGGAGCUGAGUAAGAAUAUAGACUCCCUGCAAUGAUUUAGCCAACUGCUAAUGACUCUGAUUAGGCUUGUGUGGUAUAUUAAAGAUGACAUAGUAUAUUUUCAUAUGUAUGGGUGUCUGGUGCGUGUGUAAUUUUGUGGUGUUUAUGUUUGUUUAACUAGCAUUUGAUGGGACAUUAGCUAAUUUAGGAGGGAUAUACCCUACAAACAGGCUUGUAACUAAAUACUUGCAUUUUGUUGUCAUUUUUUUCCCCUUCAACUCACUUUUCUUUGCUUUGUUCUCCUUAUUUAAUUUAUUGAUGUAAUUUGAAUUUUGUUGCCACAAAAGAUAGUUGUUCCAAGGUGUGUUUUGUUAGUAGUUAUAUGACAUUAUACACUUCCCAUGGUGAAGUUGCGUAGGUAGCUCUCGAACCAGUAUGAUAAUGGAAUUGCAGACGACAUUAUUUAUUGCUUUACGAAUUACGACCCAAUUAUCCGUGUGAUUUAUCAUGGGAAACACUUGCGAUUUAUGAUGAUUCAGAGGUUCUCAUUAGUCAUUUACACUUUAUGAAGGUUUUUUUCUUUUCCAUGAUCCAUUGUCUUCAAAAUAUGGGCCGAACAUUUUCUGAUUUGGAACAUCAAUUCCUAAUCUCCAAUUUUGCAUUUCAUGCAAGUCCUUAUUUUCGUGCGUAGCUAUGAUAAUAUAAAGGGCCGAGCAUGCGUAAUGAAGUGGAUAAUUAUUAUACAUUCUUUUUGGGAUGUUGGGGGUGGUUGAACAAUUAUUAACAUACAAAAAACAAAAUUAUAAUUUUUUUUAUUGUAAAAUGUGAUUUGGCAAUGGGGUACAUUCAUCAUCAAUUCUGGGCACUGUAUAGUGUUUUUGGCAGCUUAUGAUUUUGAUAUUCAUGGAGGUUUCAUGAGGAUUGGGUACAGUCAUAGUAUAACUGUUAAAGCAUGCCCAAAUAAUUGUGUUUUACCACAAAUGAAAAGACCACGCGCACUGGCGCACUUGUCAUGUACCUUGCUUGCUUUUUUGUCUUGUUAAGAGCAUCCUAAGUAACUGAAGACGUGCUUUGUGGGUAUGGGAAUUCGUACAAAUUAUCUUCCUAUCCGUAAUCCUUGGCUAUGGUGGCAGCUGAGCCUCACACUCGCACAGUGUCUUUGGUUACGGUAAAAUUAUAUUAACCAUGAUAAGCAAAUAACGUUCUAAAGGGCCCAAAACUUGAGGCAGAGGUUAUAAGUAGCAUGUGACAAAUCAACGCCUUAGCCACUUGAAGAAAUCGACAAACCAGGAGGAAUAAUAAUGGUCCAACGAACCCAAAAGAAAGUAUGGAAGUUGCUUUAUUAUGACUUGUAAUUUGUAAUCAAAAUUAAAUCUUGAGGAUUCCAAAAAAUGGAAAGAACGAGUUAUUAAUGGCACUUAUUUUUCUCCCAAUUCACUGCACCAGCAAGAGAUAAGGAUUGGACAUUGUAUUGUGAUUAAUGAUGUAAUUAAAUUUGAAAUGAUUGAUUU